UGCCGCCGCGGCCACCUAUUUGCUGGCUGUUCAGGUGGCUGUCUCUUCGAUGUCCUCCUAAUCUUGGGGCCCCCGGGCCAGACUCGGCUGGGCUCCCUUCACCCUCCGCUGGAAUCAUGAGGGCGAUUGGGACUCUGCAGGUGCUGGGCUUCUUUCUCAGCCUGGCCCGGGGUUCCGAGAUGGGCAACUCUCAGGCAGUGUGUCCUGGGACUCUGAACGGGCUGAGCGUGACCGGCGAUGCCGACAACCAGUACCAGACGCUGUAUAAACUGUAUGAGAAGUGUGAGGUGGUCAUGGGUAACCUGGAGAUCGUGCUCACAGGACACAACGCUGACCUUUCCUUCCUGCAAUGGAUCCGAGAAGUGACAGGCUACGUCCUCGUGGCCAUGAAUGAAUUCUCUGUACUACCCUUGCCUAAUCUCCGAGUGGUCCGGGGAACCCAGGUCUAUGACGGGAAGUUCGCCAUCUUUGUCAUGUUGAACUACAACACCAACUCCAGCCAUGCUCUGCGCCAGCUCCGAUUCACCCAGCUUACUGAGAUUCUGUCAGGGGGCGUUUACAUUGAGAAGAAUGACAAACUUUGCCACAUGGAUACAAUUGACUGGAAGGACAUCGUGAGGGUUCGAGGCGCUGAGAUAGUGGUGAAGAACAACGGGGGGAACUGUCCACCCUGUCAUGAGGCCUGCAAGGGGCGAUGCUGGGGGCCCGGACCAGAAGACUGCCAGAUAUUGACCAAGACCAUCUGUGCCCCUCAGUGUAAUGGUCGCUGCUUUGGGCCCAAUCCUAACCAGUGCUGCCACGAUGAAUGUGCGGGAGGCUGCUCUGGACCCCAGGACACAGAUUGCUUUGCCUGCCGACGCUUCAAUGACAGCGGGGCCUGUGUACCCCGGUGUCCAGAGCCUCUUGUGUACAACAAGCUAACGUUCCAACUUGAGCCCAACCCCCAUACCAAGUAUCAGUACGGAGGAGUCUGUGUUGCCAGCUGUCCCCAUAACUUUGUGGUGGAUCAGACAUUUUGUGUCAGGGCUUGUCCUCCUGACAAGAUGGAAGUAGAUAAGAAUGGACUCAAGAUGUGUGAGCCUUGUGGAGGGCUGUGCCCAAAAGCCUGUGAGGGGACCGGCUCUGGGAGCCGCUACCAGACGGUGGACUCCAGCAACAUCGAUGGGUUCGUGAACUGUACCAAGAUCCUGGGCAACCUGGACUUCCUCAUCACUGGCCUCAACGGUGACCCCUGGCACAAGAUCCCUGCACUGGACCCGGAAAAGCUCAAUGUUUUCAGGACAGUCCGAGAGAUUACAGGCUACCUAAACAUCCAGUCCUGGCCCCCUCACAUGCACAACUUCAGUGUUUUUUCCAACCUGACUACCAUCGGGGGCAGAAGCCUCUACAACCGAGGUUUUUCCUUGUUGAUCAUGAAGAACUUGAACGUCACAUCUCUGGGCUUCCGGUCCCUGAAGGAAAUUAGCGCUGGGCGUGUCUACAUAAGUGCCAAUCAGCAGCUCUGUUACCACCACUCUCUGAACUGGACCAGACUGCUUCGGGGGCCUUCGGAAGAGAGACUUGACAUCAAGUACAACCGGCCUCCGGGAGAGUGCGAGGCCGAGGGCAAAGUGUGUGAUCCGCUGUGCUCCUCUGGGGGAUGCUGGGGCCCAGGCCCGGGUCAGUGCUUGUCUUGUCGAAACUACAGCCGGGACGGUGUCUGUGUGACUCACUGCAACUUUCUGCAAGGGGAACCCCGUGAGUUUGUUCAUGAGGCUCAGUGUUUCUCCUGCCAUCCAGAAUGCCUACCCAUGGAGGGCACCAGCACGUGCAAUGGCUCGGGCUCCGACGCUUGUGCACAAUGUGCCCAUUUUCGCGAUGGGCCGCACUGUGUGAACAGCUGCCCGCAUGGGAUCCUAGGUGCCAAAGGUCCGAUCUACAAAUAUCCAGACGCUCAGAACGAGUGCCGGCCCUGCCACGAGAACUGCACCCAAGGGUGUAAGGGACCAGAACUACAAGACUGUUUAGGUCAAACAGAGGUAUUAAUGAGCAAACCCCAUCUGGUAAUAGCGGUGACAGUGGGACUGGCUGUGAUCCUCCUGAUUCUGGGAGGCUCUUUUCUCUAUUGGCGUGGACGCAGGAUUCAGAACAAAAGGGCUAUGAGACGCUACUUGGAGCGGGGUGAGAGCAUCGAGCCUCUGGACCCAAGUGAGAAGGCAAACAAAGUCUUGGCUAGAAUCUUCAAAGAGACGGAGCUGAGGAAACUUAAAGUCCUUGGCUCCGGUGUCUUUGGAACUGUACACAAGGGGAUUUGGAUUCCUGAGGGUGAAUCCAUCAAGAUUCCAGUCUGCAUUAAAGUCAUUGAGGACAAGAGUGGGCGGCAAAGUUUUCAGGCUGUGACUGAUCACAUGCUGGCCGUUGGCAGCCUGGACCAUGCCCACAUUGUACGGCUGCUGGGCCUGUGCCCAGGGUCCUCUCUGCAGCUUGUCACUCAGUACUUGCCUCUGGGCUCCCUCCUUGAUCAUGUGCGACAGCACCGUGAGACACUGGGACCACAGCUGCUGCUCAACUGGGGAGUACAGAUUGCCAAGGGCAUGUAUUACCUCGAAGAGCAUAGCAUGGUGCACAGGGACCUCGCGCUCCGGAAUGUGAUGCUCAAGUCACCGAGUCAGGUCCAGGUGGCAGAUUUUGGCGUGGCCGACCUGUUGCCGCCAGAUGACAAGCAAUUGCUACACAGUGAGGCCAAGACUCCAAUUAAGUGGAUGGCCCUUGAGAGUAUCCACUUUGGGAAAUACACUCACCAGAGUGAUGUCUGGAGUUAUGGUGUGACAGUUUGGGAGUUGAUGACCUUCGGGGCAGAGCCCUACGCAGGGCUGCGACUGGCUGAAAUACCAGACCUGCUAGAGAAGGGAGAGCGGUUAGCACAGCCCCAGAUCUGCACCAUCGAUGUCUACAUGGUCAUGGUCAAGUGUUGGAUGAUUGAUGAGAACAUUCGCCCAACCUUUAAGGAACUGGCCAAUGAGUUUACCAGGAUGGCCCGUGACCCACCCAGGUAUCUGGUCAUCAAGAGAGCCAGCGGGCCUGGUGUACCUCCUGCGGCAGAGCCCUCUGCUCUGAGCUCCAAAGAGUUACAGGAAGCAGAGCUGGAGCCCGAACUGGACCUCGACCUAGACUUGGAGGCCGAGGAGGAGGGCCUGGCGACCACACUGGGUUCUGCCCUCAGCUUGCCUACGGGAACGCUUACCCGGCCACGUGGGAGCCAGAGUCUUUUAAGUCCCUCAUCUGGAUACAUGCCCAUGAACCAGAGCAGUCUCGGGGAGGCUUGUCUGGAUUCUGCGGUUUUGGGGGGUCCUGAACAGUUCUCACGUCCCGUCUCCCUGCACCCGAUUCCACGGGGGCGUCUAGCAUCGGAGUCAUCCGAGGGCCACGUGACGGGCUCUGAGGCCGAACUCCAAGAGAGAAUAUCAGUGUGUAGGAGCCGGAGUCGGAGUCGGAGCCCACGGCCACGUGGGGACAGUGCCUACCAUUCGCAGCGACACAGCCUGCUUACUCCUGUCACCCCGCUCUCCCCGCCGGGGUUAGAGGAAGAGGAUGGCAAUGGUUACGUCAUGCCAGAUACGCACCUCAGAGGUACAUCCUCCUCCCGGGAAGGCACCCUUUCGUCAGUAGGACUCAGUUCUGUGCUGGGUACCGAAGAGGAAGAUGAGGAUGAGGAGUAUGAAUACAUGAACCGGAAGAGAAGGGGUAGCCCAGCUCGGCCCCCGAGGCCUGGCUCCCUUGAAGAGCUGGGUUAUGAGUACAUGGAUGUGGGUUCAGACCUCAGUGCUUCUCUGGGCAGUACACAGAGUUGCCCACUCCAUCCCGUGGCCAUCGUGCCCUCUGCUGGCACAACUCCUGAUGAGGACUAUGAAUACAUGAACCGCAGGCGCGGUACGGGUGGCGCCGGAGGGGAUUAUGCAGCGAUGGGGGCCUGCCCGGCAGCUGAACAAGGGUAUGAGGAGAUGCGAGCUUUCCAGGGGCCUGGACAUCAAGCCCCCCAUGUCCGUUAUGCCCGCCUCAAAACUCUGCGUAGUUUAGAAGCCACUGACUCUGCCUUUGACAACCCUGAUUACUGGCAUAGCAGGCUUUUCCCCAAGGCUAAUGCCCAGAGAACUUAACCUCUACUUCAUGAGACUCUUGGGGACAUUUGAUGGCAGCUAGUGCCUCUCUGAGGGUACCCUUCCUCACCGUCUCUCUGAGGUCCCACCUCCAUUUCUCCAGUCCUACACAAUGCCAUCCAUUUCUUGGAGACUCUCAACAUAUCCUCACAAACUUUUGCGGUACACAGCCAGCUGUGUCUGUGCACGCUCUUCUCAGCCCUAGGAAAGAGAAGGUUCCCUUUGUAUCUCCUCUCCCAAUCCCGCUCGCUCCUCAGCUUCCUCAGGGAGACACCCUGGAGAUAUGAAGGAUUGCUUCCAGACCCUUUCACUCAGGCUCUUACUCACUGGGAUUAGACUUUCUUCCCCAUCAGACUCCAAAGAAGGGGAGAUCAAACAGAAGAGGAAAGUAAACUGUUAUCUAUGAGACUUUUAAUCCCAGGGGAAGAUUGAGAGAAGCUUAAUGCUUUGAAGAGUAAAGAGCAGACACCAGGAACUAUGACCUGAAGGUGCACUGUGAGCCAGGCGUCUUCCUGCUGAACUCUGCCUGCAUUGUCUCAGUUACAAUCUUUCCGGUUUUGUGAGGUAGAACCCACCCUGUUUCACCAAUAUGGAGUCUUUAUGAGUGUUCCAAGAAGUAUUUUAGUUGGUAUACAAAACUGAAUUCUGUGUUCAGUGGCUUUUCCAUCUUAACUAAGAACUUCUCAUUAUUUUUAGUUUGAGGUGCCACAGCAGAGGUUGUACUGAUUUUUCUAUUUUUCUAAUUUAAUGGAUUUGUUAUUAUAGACAUUACCAUAUAAUACCCCCCCAUGUGAAGUCAAGAACUUCCACCUUUUCUCAAACAAACAACAAAAAACACUCCUCUUUGACACAUCUGAAUUGUCAGCAUGACAACUCUUGCACUUUGGGCCCAUUUUUAGGUAAAAUGAGAGUCUUUGAACACAAGUACUAUAUGAUAUCGCUGUCAGUCAAUCUCAUAACCAGGCAGGUGGUUAAGUGACCAAAGAGCAAAUAGGUUAUUCAGUGUGGGUGCACUAGGCAGAGGGAUGAUUCAUCCACCAAGUGGAACAGGAAAGGGCGGCUGUGAUUUCAUCAUGCUGCUCGGAACGGGUUCUAUGUAAACUGUAGGGAUUAUUUAUUUCAGGAACUUGUCGUUCAGCAUUUUCAGACUGCAAUUGAUCACAGGUUACUAAGACUGUGGACAGCAAAACCUCAGAAAACGGGGGUUGAGCCUUGAAGAAGUAAAGCCACAGGUUCAGGAUUCAAAAUCUUCCCAAUUCCCAUGCCUGUGCCCUUACUAUAAAGUGGGGUGUGUGUGUGUGUGUGUGUCUGUGUGUGUGUGUAACUAUGUACCCCAAGAUAGCCUGGAACACUCAGCAAUCCCGUCUUCACCUCUCAAAGGCCGUGGCAGCUACAUGAGUGAGCUACCAGACUCCUUUUGUUUAUGCACUGAAUCAAGCAAAUGCCGCCAGCCACAUUUUCCUCCAGGCCUCUCAUCUCAGGAAGGAGUGGACACAAGGAAAAGUAACUGGACAUUUCUGUACACAUUGCAGAUAUAUACUCCUUACAAGCCAAUUCACAAAGGAUCCAAGACUCAUUUUAGGAGCUAUUCUCAACCAGUAAUGAGAAACUUCUGGUGAGAUAGAGGAUCCAACUUCAGACCUCAAGUCUUCCUGGAUGGGAACUGGGGGUGUAAAGGUCUUCUUGUACCAUUAAAGUUUUUUGUUUUGUUUUUAUACGUGUCCAAAUAAAAAUGUCAACAAUG